AUGAAGACAUUAGCGCGCGACGACGCUGAUGCAGAACGCACGGAUGCAGUCAAGUAUACGAUAGCAGGAGUGAAAGUCGAACGCACCAAAGAGAAGUUCACCUCUCAUGUGGAUGUAUUACAUAAGGCUGGGUGUACCGUUGCAACAGUAUUUGAUUUGAUGCAGUGGCUUAUGAUGCUAUGUGAACAAGGUAAUGUGUUCACUGCACCUACAGUGCAAACAACGUACGACAAGGAUGAGACGAAGUGGCUCUGUGAUGCCCUGGCAAACGGCGUGGAUACAGGGUAUGAUGGUCCUCAUCGGAUGUUUCAUGAUCUGUCGUAUGGAAAGGAUUCCAUCAACAAACACAGAACCCCGCCGAAACCCAGCAACCAUACACUGGUGAGGGCUAUGCGAUAUUUGGCUCAACAGCCUGUCGGCACACGUCUCAGCGUGUAUGAUAUCUCCGCAGCUUUCCAUCUGUUACCAGUGCUACCAUGGCAGCUAAGCUAUAUAUUCUCCCUGGAAGGUGAAACAUACACAAAGGAACAAUUCAAGAAAGAUACGAAGGCCACGUUCGCCGCAGCCAAACUAGAGAUAUAUGGAUACCGAGACCAUAUCUACCGCAUUGGCGGCCUCACGGCGCUGAAGGAUGCAGGCGCGGAACCGGACGAGAUUGCCGCAGCAACGGAGUGGAAAUAUCGAGCGUACAUGGGUUAUGGGUACAGAACAGCAGCACAGAAAGCAUCAGUCAAAGCGCGCAUGGCAGCGUAA